AUGGAAAUGGAUUUCGAUAUCAUCGAAUUUGUAUCCACCUGGAUUUUACUACCAAUAACAGUAAUAUUUAUAUUUGCCAUAGUAUUUGCGGGAUUUAAGAGUUUAUUAUCAAUCGCUGCUAGAAAUUUAGGAUUAUUCUUCACUUUUUCAAAGGUAAUUGGCUUAGCAACAAUACUGUUCGGACUACUAUUACUUUCAAGAGAAGAUAUGAAUUGGAAGAUCACCUUACUUGAAAUCUGGACCGGGAUUUUAAUGAUGAAUUUGAUUCCAAUCUUUGUACUUGGACAGGCAGCAGUGGCACUUUCCAUUUCUUGGUUCUACUGGAUACAUAGAUUCAUCACUGACGAUAUUAUGUUCUUUGAAAUUUUAGGAGAUAGUGCUUUCUUUUUAAUUUUCCCAACAAUGUUUAUAUUAACUAUUCUCAACUUCGAAACUAGAAUUGCCUCAUUUGAUUACAAGUUCUUUGGACCUCGUUUACCAAUUACGAAAUAUAUAUAA